AUGGAUGAAAGUCUGAAUACAUCCGUUGCUGGAGACACUGGCAAAUUUGUUGAGGAAAGCUCGGUGGCAGCUGACAUUCUUCAGAAAAUUGCCGUAAGUAUUUCUACCAACUCUAUGCUCAUUUAUACUCUUACUUUCUUCUUCAUGGUGAAUGUAAUUUUUUUAGUAUUUAUGCGAAGUAUUCGACACGAACAACGACAGCGAGCAGCAAAUGAGGGGGUUGGAGACUGAACUCCAGGAAGGACUUCAAGCGCUUGCCCUUCAGAAGCAAGAGCUCGCCGAUCUUGAUGAGGAGAAAAUAGUUCUUAAACAGAACUUACUCAGGGUUGAUGAAGAAGUAAGUUACAUAAAAGUUAGAGUUAUUACGAAUUUAGGAGGCCGAUAACGCGCAGAUGGAUGAAACAUUUGGUAAUAUCUCGACGUUCUUGCGUGAGGAGGAUUCAUUGAAAGAAUACGAGGAAAAAAUUAAGAACUACCAGGGGAAAGUCACUGUCUUGGACGAGAAUUUUGUAAGUUCCUGGAAGACAAGACGAUUUAUGUUAUCUUAGACCCUUUUCCAAGAGAAAUUGACGCUGAGGACUGAAGAAGAAAACGAGAUCACUGAGGUAUUGGAGAGAAUCAACUCCUCGGUCGAGAUAAAGCAUGAAAAUGUGAAACAAUUGAGGGACAUUAUCGAAAAGGACACGGAAAGGCGAGAUGUAAGUCGAAUAUACCGUUUAUGUCAUAUUUUUAGGAGCUGCGACGACAACAACAACAGGUUGAGAUGGAGUUGAUCGAGUUCAUGGAUGAAAAAAAAUCUCAGAAUCAAGUCGAUCGCGGAAAUAACAAAUUGAUUGAGGUAUGCGGUAUUUAAAUGUGCAGUACUUGUGAUUUUAGUGCGUUGAUUACACUGGGGAACUCAAAAAGCAGACUCAAGAAAUGAAAGACGCCAAGUUUGCUCUUCUGGAUCAAAACGCUGCACUUCAACAUAAAUUACAGAUCAGACAACGAGAAGCGGAUAAGUUCACCAACAGCCUCAGCGAUGAAACUUUAGGUGAGUCGGGUGUUUCGAACUAUUAUUUUCAAUUUAGCUGUCUACGAUCAUUGCCGCAACUCUAUUCUGUGCUAUGUUCAAGACGAAGGGGAGAUGGAUGAACUGACCAAAUGUUCUCGUGAAGCAGUGGCGAACAAAGAUGACGAUGUUUUCAAUUCCUGUCAAGAGUAAGAUUUCUUUUGGAAUUCGAAUAUAAGUAUAUUCGUUUCAGUGAUGUCUGUCGAAAAUUUGAAUUUUUGACUAGGGAAGUAAGCAAGUUGAUCCCCAAAAUCGAGUUGGCUCAGAAAAUUGAAGCCGAAAAAGCGGUACGCAGAAACCGGACAAAGAAAUCCAACUUGGAAGCAAAUCCGGUCAUGGACUUUCUGAAAAUGAAGGGUAAGCUUAAUUGCUGUGUUAUCAAGUGGGAAAUUGCUGGCUUUUUUGUUUAAUGGAAAUCUCCUGCAAAAAUGUGGGGUGUGCGAAAUGAUGUUUUAGUAAUUGUUAUCUUUCAGAAACCAUCCGCAAAAUCCCGAAGUAG